AUGAAUAAUAAGUUAACAAUACUGUUCACACCAUUGGAUGGUUGGGGACAUAUCAACGCUUGUCAUGGAUUGGCUGAAGAAUUAAAAUCAAGAGGACAUCGAGUAGUGUUUGCAAUCGAUAAGGCAUUUAAAAGCAAACUAAUUGCUUAUGGAUUUGAAGAGUAUUUGCAUGGAUUGAAUACCGACGGAGAAGUGACUGAAUACUGGCCACUAUUUAUGGAACAGAACUGUCAUUAUCUAAAAGAAAAACCAAUAGUAAUGGUGGAGAAGUUUUUAGUGACGGCUUUGACCAAAAUGUUUGCCGACAAUAAAGAGAGAGAACAACAAUACGAACACAUUAUACACAAAGUUAAACCUGAUUUAAUUGUCACCGAUAACUACAUAUGUAUGCCAACCAUAACAAACGCAGGCAUACCCUGGGUCUGGUUGUUCUCCGCUGCCCUUCACCAGGCACUCGAUGAUAAUAGAAUACCCCCGGCCUGGUCUGAGAAAGGAGCGCCCAAACUGACCGAUCGACGCCUCCAUCCGCUCAGCCCUUAUCUCAACAUAUAUUUGUGGCCAAAAGAAUUUGAAUACGAGUUUCUCGAGCCGAUGGACAACAAUUGGGUUCGAGUCGAGAACUUCAUUCGCACCACUCAUGAGACGUUUGAGAUACCGAAACAACUAUUGGUCCGUCCGUCCAAUCAGAGUAAACUAGUCUUCCUAUCCAUG